AAUCAUCCACUGAAUAUGCAUCUGUAUACACGAGUUCUCCUCCUGGCCGUCACUCUCUUCACCGUCAAUGGUGUGCCCCGUUUUGGAGAGGAUGAUGCCCUCGAGCAGGUCCUCUUCCGCAUGGUCGAAGGCCAGAUGGAGUCCCGGGCUCUGUCCCCCGCCGGCCAGGCCUGCUCCAACAACUACGUGAAUGCCACCACUAAGAAUAGCGAGAAGCUCGCCAAUGCAACAAACGCCUGCGAGGAUGCCGCCAACAGCACGAUUGUUUCCAACAACAAGAACAGCAAUGCUACCGUGAUCACCAUCCGUAACCAGCUGUUGGCCCUCGAGCAGAACCUGCAGCUCUGCCGCAACGAGACCGACUCUGCCCGCUUCCUCAACUGCACCGUGUCCACAUUCGAUAAGAACCUGCAGCUGCUGGACACCUCCAACUCGAUGGCCUACCAGACCCAGUCACAGUUCGCAUCCAAUGCCACGGUUGUGGAGGCCACCCGCUCCAAUUGCAUCAGCGCUGCCGUCAGCGAUGCCAAGGUUCAGGGCAUCCAGGCUGCCAACGACUUUGAUUCUUGCGUGGCUAAGAUCCCAUCGCAGCGAGAGAUUCCCCAGAAACAGGACCCAAAGGAGCAGAAGCCUGUGCAGCAGCAACAGCAGCAGCAGCAACAGCAGCAGCAACAGCAGCAGCAGCAACAGCAGCAGCAGCAACAGCAGUUGGCAUCAGGAGUCCAGAAUCUGCCAAUGAAUAAUUAG